GAGUGUUAUACUGUCAUUAUUUGAAGUGUUUAGUUUCUAAAAUUGUGUUUGUGAUUAUUUGAAUUUCUAAGGAAUUCUAUUAGUCUUUACUAACUAGAAUUGUUCAUACUAUCUUUAUAAACCCCUCUGUUAUUCAUAUUGCGGUAAAAUUAUUUUCAAUUUCCUAAAAAUCGCCUAAAAAUGAGUGAGUCGGAAAACAAGUCAAAUGUCGGAGAGGACAAUCCCAGCAAAACCGAUCCAGAAAGUGAAGAAUUUGACCCAAUUGCUGCUCUUUAUGCAGAAAAUAUGGAUCUAAAAGGUCCCUGUAUGGACAAUUUGUUCAGUUUUGAGAACAAAUUCAAGAGAAUUGGUACAUUGGAGAUGGAUAUAACAGUUCAGCUGAAGCAAAACAAACCGUCUGCCAGCGCCAGUACUUCUACAGUGACCACUACGGAAACUAGGCGUUUCCUCCCUGAGCAAGGGAUGGUGAAGGGGUACAAGAGGCUGAAGCAUACCAAGAAUGUCCUAAAUACAGCUGUGAACUUCAAAGGUCCCCUGAAAAAAAUGUACGAGUUCAUGGAAACUCAAACGAAAGUUAAGAUUUAUAUCCGUCACAAUCAUGGAAUUCGAGGAUACGUAACAGGAGUUAUUGAAAUAUUUGAUAAACAUUGGAAUAUAGUACUGAAAGACGUGGAAGAAUUCUACAAACGAAGAAAAUUCAAUUACACUGAGAAUAAAAGUGGUUUUGCGGAUUCUCCAGCAGAGGAUUGCAGUGAGAGGCUGAAAGAGUUGGGCAUAGAGUUGCCGGAAGUAUCAGUAAAGUCAAUCAAUAGGAAGAAUGUCGAGUGUCGGCGUCGAAUUCCACACAUUUUACUCCGUGGCGAACAAAUCGCAUUAGUGACACGCUACACUGACCCAUCGUGAUUGAUUUAUGCCCUACAGAUGCAUCCUGAAGUGCAGACACAAAGAUUUUUAUUUACAUUUCAAUAAAUUGUUUUUAGAAAACAUUGA